CUUCCUCUUGUCAAUAAACGUCACACUCACGCGUGCAUGCAUUUAGUGUUUUUAUUUAUCUUUUCGUACGCGAAGUCUUUUCGCCUUGGUCGGUGGUGCUCCGAAAAUUCGUACAAUUUUACGUUUUUCCGAAGCCUGCCGCGAUGGGUGACUAUCUGGGAUCGGUCGCUCUGCCGAGCAUGAAGAUGCGCCAGCGAAAGCUCUGCCAGAUCAAGCAACAGCCACGUGCGGCACCCGUCUACAAUGAUUCCAGCAAUUUCGGCGUGCGGAUGCUGGAGAAACUGGGUUGGUCCGAGGGCAAGGGACUGGGUAAGCGCGAAGAUGGCAUGUCGGCACCUAUUCUGCCCAAGAUGAAACAGGACGCGGAAGGGUUCGGCUACGCGGGCGAGAAGGACGACCACUGGACCCAGCACGAUCAGGAUUUUAACCAGCUGUUGAAAUCGCUGAACGGCGAAGAGGCUCCUCCGGUGGAUGAGGUAGAUAUGGCCAAAAUGAAAUCACUGGAGGAGAAGUCCAAGAAUUCGCGGGCUCGGGUUCACUACAAAAAGUUUACCCGGGGCAAGGACUUGACCAGGGCCAGCGAGAAAGAUUUGGCAAACAUUUUUGGGAAGAAAACGUUGGAGGAGGUGAAUAACCAGAAAGUGGAGGUUGUAAAAGCUGUGGAAAAAUAUUCCAGUGAGGAUAAAUCAGACUCCGACGAAGGUAACAUCUUGGGACUGACAACAAUCAAAGCGACUAUGUCCUUGCAAGAUUACUUCAAAAGUAAGAUGCAAGAAAAAUUUGGCCAAGUUAAACAGACCCCUGCGGUCGAACCAGAAUCUAAUAUUGAGACAGAAGAAACAUCUUCAAAAAAGAAAUCUAAAAAAUCUAGAAAGAGCAUGGAAGGUGACAUCGAUAAAGUCGAGAUGAAUCCCACUCCCGAAGAAGUAGUUGAAGAGUCUGAAGAACCUAUCAAAAAGAAGAAAAAGAAAAAGCGGUCCAAAGUAGAUGAUGUCGACCGAGCUGAGGAAUCAAAGGCAGAGCCUAAUCAUGCAGAGGAAGAACCUGUGCAGGAGGAACCUCCUAAGAAAAAAUCUAAAAAAAGCAAGCGAUCGAAAGUUGAGCAGGAAGAGCUUGCAACCGGGGAAGAGGAUGAAAAUCCGCUCGCUUUGAGCGAAAAUAAAUCGGAACAGUUGGAUGAUAAUACAUUGGUUGAAAUCGGUGAGCCUUCACCAGAGGAACCGGUUACAAAAAAGAGCAAAAAGAAAAAGCGGAAACGUUCCGAUGAACAGGUUGACCCAACAGAACUCCAAACUCCUUUGGAUGAAGCUCCCGUGGAGGAAUUCUCCGCGGCGGAUAGUACCGGAAACAAACAGAAGAAAAAGAAGAAAUCCGACCCCAAAGAGGAGCUCACCGAAGAACAGCAGCAGCAGCAAGACGACGAAAUAACGUGUCGCGUGAAGGUUAGUGUGUUGAAACAGCUGGACGAGAGCGGCUUUCCCGGAUCUAACUUUGGAGAUAUUGUAGGCUACGGGCUGUCGAACGAGGUGAAAUUGAUCAGGCGGGAGAGCAAACAGCAGAAGCAGGCACUGGAGAAGCAUCGGUUCAUCCAGCAAAAGCAGACCUCCACGCAGCGGAAGAGACAGAUGCUGAAGAAGGUAAGUGCGUUCGAUCGAAUAUGAUGAGAGAGCUCCGGACAAGUUGUUGUAAUAUACGUCGAUAGUUAAGCUGCGCAAGAUUUCGAA